AUGCCGUCGUUUGACGCCUGCAGCCGGAAAUUCAGAGGAGUGCGUAAGCGGCCGAGGGGGCGUUGGGCGGUGGAGAUUCGCGACCCCACCCGGGGGAAACGCCUCUGGCUCGGCACCUAUGACAGCCAGGAAGAAGCCGCCGUCGUGUACGACAACGCCUCCGUGAGACCAAAAGGCCCUGACGCCGUCACCAACUUCCCGACAAAAAUGGUAACCGAGACGGCCGUCAAUACCUCGCUCACCCCAAGCAACGCGACUCUGUCCCCCGCCUCCGUCCCCCGUUACGACGACUUUACUCCGUUCGAUAGCCCUGUGCAGAGUGACUUCAUCCCAAACGAAGCUGCCGUCGUCAACGAAUUCAAGGCGUUAGAUAAUCUGGAUUUCGAAAACUUUGACUUUGACUUCGACUUCGACUUCGACUUUGACUUCUUCGGCUUAACAAUUUUUCCAUUAUUCGCAACACAUUGCGUCCAUGAAUUUGACGAGUUUGAUGCUGAAAUUUAUUAG